GGCCGGCCCCGCUCCAUCGCCCCCCCCCCCGCCCCCCCUUCCACCGGCAGACCAGCGGCGGGCGGCGGCGCCGGAUCCGUCCCGGCGCGGAGACGAACUAGCAGCGAAGAGACCUCUGCUCUUAACAUUUGGAAAAGCAGGAAAAUGGCAUCAGAAGACAUCACUAAGCUUGCGGAGUCACUUGCCAAAACGAAAGUGGGUGGUGGACAAUUGAGCUUCAAAGGCCAGAGCCUUAAACUCAAUACAGCUGAAGAUGCUGAAGAAGUGAUCAAGCAAAUUGAGGAAUUUGAUGGCCUGGAAGCACUGCGUCUGGAAGGCAACACAGUGGGUGUGGAGGCAGCAAAGGUCAUUGCCAAAGCCUUGGAGAAGAAAUCGGAGCUCAAGAGGUGUCACUGGAGUGACAUGUUCACAGGGAGACUAAGGUCUGAGAUCCCUCCUGCUUUGAUCUCUUUGGGGGAUGCACUCAUCACUGCUGGAGCCCAACUGGUGGAGCUGGACCUGAGUGACAAUGCCUUUGGCCCAGAUGGUGUGCGUGGCUUUGAGGCACUGCUGAAGAGCCCCGCGUGCUACACUCUGCAGGAACUCAAGCUCAAUAACUGUGGCAUGGGCAUUGGUGGUGGCAAGAUAUUGGCAGCCGCUCUGAAAGAGUGUCACAGGAAAUCAAGUGCCCAGGGCAAGCCGCUUGCUUUGAAAAUAUUUGUGGCUGGCAGAAACCGUCUGGAGAAUGAUGGUGCCACUGCCCUGGCUGAAGCCUUUGGGAUCAUUGGGACUCUAGAAGAGGUCCAUAUGCCACAGAAUGGAAUUAAUCAUCCUGGCAUCACGGCACUGGCCCAGGCCUUUGCUAUCAACCCACUGCUUAAGGUUAUAAACUUGAAUGACAACACCUUCACAGAGAAAGGAGCUGUGGCCAUGGCAGAGACUCUGAAGGCGCUUCGGCAGAUUGAAGUGAUCAACUUUGGAGACUGCCUGGUGCGUUCGAAGGGUGCUGUUGCUAUUGCUGAUGCUGUUAAAGAAGGGCUUCAUAAAUUAAAGGAACUGAAUUUGUCCUUCUGUGAGAUCAAACGAGAUGCUGCUCUGACUGUUGCUGAAGCUAUUGAAGAUAAGGCAGAGUUGGAGAAGUUGGAUCUCAAUGGUAACUGUCUGGGAGAAGAGGGAUGUGAGCAGCUCCAGGAGAUCCUUGAAGGCUUCAAUAUGGCAGCUGUGCUGGGAUCUUUGAGUGAUGAUGAAGGGGAGGAGGAAGAUGAUGAAGGGGAGGAGGAGGAUGAAGAUGAAGAGGAGGAGGAAGAGGAGGAGGAAGAACAGCAACAGCUGAAGGAGAGAGGACAGGGAGAACAGGAGUCACUGACUCCUAAGAAGAUAAUUGAUUCACAAGAUUCAACUCCAGUACCAUCUCCUCCCGUGGAUGUUGCCACGUUCCUUGCUUUCCCAUCACCAGAGAAGCUGCUGCGACUAGGACCAAAGUGCUCUGUGCUGAUAGCUCAGCAGACAGAUACAUCUGAUGUAGAGAAAGUUGUUACAGCUCUCCUAAGGAUAUCCUCAGUCUUCAAAGAUGAAGCCCCAGUGAAAACAGCAGUGCAUGAAACAACAGAUGCCUUGAUGAGAAAAGCCUUCACUUCUGCCACAUUUAAUUCAGAUGCAUUUAUCACAAGCCUCUUGAUCCAUAUGGGACUACUUAAGAGUGAAGACAAGAUCAAAGCUGUCCCAAGCCUCUAUGGUAUUCUCAUGACCUUGAACCAUAUGGUCCAGCAGGAUUAUUUCCCUAAAUCCCUGGCCCCAGUUCUCUCAGCUUUUGUCACAAAACCAAACCGUGCUCUUGACUCCUGUUCAUUUGCUCGCCACAUGCUCUUACAAACGCUCCACCAGCUGUAAGAGACAAGAGAUGUGCUGCUGUGCCCUUCCCUCCUCAUAGGACUGUCAUCAGCAGAGAACUCAGAGCUGCGUGGUGGGAGAGGAUUCCAGAGCCCAUACAGACAUGCUGUCCUUUCUCUUUUCUUUUUCUUUUUUUUUUUUCUUUUUUCCCCAUCCCCCCCUCAUAGGAGGUCUGUCCUUCCUUCUGCUUUCAUAAAUUUGGACAAAUCCUGCUGAAUUUUUUUUUCUAUGCCUCAUGAAGUGGCUCCCUGGUCUGCAGGGCAGGUGCUUAUGCUAGAAUAAGUCAGUGCUGCUCUGAGCUCUGCAUGAAUUGAAGAGAAGAGUUCUCCACUUUGGUCGCAUUGGCAAGGGUGUGCCAAGACUAACAGGGGGCCCAGAAGAGGUGUCAUCCGGAUCAACCCAGUUGUGCAUUUUGUUUUAUUUUAUUGGACUGUGACUCCUCCCUGAUAGCAUUCAGCACUGCGCAGGAGGAAGGCAGCUGCUGCCCCUGCUUCUCCAGGCCAGGGGAGUGCUUGACCCCCUUCUGCUGCUGCUGGGUCGGAGGGGCAAGCUGUGCUCCCCCUUGUUUCUUCUUUCAAGUCCAUUUGUCGAAGGCAGUGUGUGGCUGAUUUGUAUUUUAAUAUACUACUCCCUUGCUGCUGUGGCUUAGAAUAUUCAUGCAGUGUGGCUGACCCUGGUGGCCAUUGCUGAAGGGAGCAAGUGUAUUUUUAUUGUAAAUUUUUUUCCCAUCACCUGUGGUGUUCCCUCUUCCUGCCUUUUCCCUGUCCCUUUCCCUUCUCUUCCUAAUUAAAUAGGCUUGGUUUGGAAAUUAAUACAGUCCAUGAAGUCCCUGUGGAAUACAUAUUCCCUUUCUCCUCCCUUUGACAAAACACUGGGACUGUGUGCACUGUUCACAUGUUUGAAAGCUGAGCACGUGUAAGAGCACAAAGAAUUAGGGCUGUGCUGAUUGUUCUUGGGUAGGACUGUGCUUUUCUUUUUAAUUGUGCUGAAGGAGUAGUAGCAGAUGCCCCUAAAUCUCUGUAUGGAGAAUUGUCCAUGUGCCUACACAUUUGUGGCACCUACCUGUACCAGUCCUGAGCGUGCAAGCUCACAGGCUGGUCCUGCUCCCUCUUCUGUCAAGCCUCUGAGAAUCAACCCAUCUCUUUCUCUUUAGGUAGCAAAGAGUUGUUCCUUCCCUCUCUGUUUUCAGUUGGAAGAGACAAUUCAUCCUCCCUUACCCAACCUGACAGUCGACGUGCAGUAUAAAUAGAGCCAGUGCCAGGAAGAAGUCAAGGAAAUGGAGUUAGCUGUCCCUUUGUUGUGAGAGGCGAUGUGUACCACAGCUGGCAGGGUGCGUGUGCUUGGCCUAAGUGCAGGAAAAGCUGGUGUUUAACUCGCAGGCUGUGCAGGCAGCAUGGACAGAAAAAAGGGCUUGGAGCACUGGACUGAAAUAAAGUGUGUGGUAUGCGCAAGA